AUGAAUUUGAGUGUUAAAAGAGAUAUUAUAAAAUUAAGUUACAGCUGUUUUCAAAAGUUUGAGCAAAAUCAAGGAAAUCAGAAGUCAUGUAAUUUCUAUGAUAAAAUGGUUUGUAAUGACUUACAUCUUUCUGGAAACAACUAUAAAUCGAAUCCAUCAUUUAAUGAAGGGCCUAACAGUUAG